UAUAGAGUUUGCAUUAUAUGUAUUGUACAUUUUCAUACAUAUGUUUAAACAUAUUCUAUAACAUAUUCUUCUUUUUCUAGUAAUUGUAAACAUAAAACUUUAAAAUAACACAAUAUACCUUCUAAGAAACCAUUUUUUUUUUAAUUUAUUCUUGUGAUGAGCCAUAUCAUUCACAUUAAUAUUAACCCUUUAUGCAGACUUGCUACGUAUUUUUAUAAAUAAUAAUCAAUGUAAUAAAUAUGUGUCAACUUUAAGUGUAGAAUCUAUUAAAAAACAGAUUAAUGAAUAGAAUACUUUAAUUUAAACCGUUGAUUAUUAAAAUAAUUAUUAAAUUGAAAUAAAUGGCCAUAAUAUCACCUUGCUAUCUACAAUACAUUUAUGUCACAACGACGUCAUAACUUCAAAUGAGACUUACACAAUUACAAACAAAAGAGUCACAUUAUCUCUUCUAUGACUAUAACAUUUCUGAAUUCUCCUACCUGAGAUGCAGAAUUUCAUUGAAGAUGAUAUAACAUUGUUCAUCACGCCGAAGAACACGCGGACAUAAUAGAACUAUAGAAGGUAUAAAAAAACUUGUUCGUCAAACUUAUGAUGUACUGCAAUACAAUAUUUUUCAUCUCUUGUAUUUAAGACUAGAUAUAUACGGUUUCUAUAAAGUUAAGUGCUUGCAAAGUUUUUUCCUGGGAUACCAACAGCAGUAAUCAAUUGGGGAUAGCGUUUUCAAUAUUUAAUGAUGCGUUCAACAUACCCAUCGUCUUUUCAAUGGAGGGUGAAUAUUGCUUCAUAUUAUGACAGAAAGAUCGACAUAACUGUUUAGAACAGUUUUGAACAUGGAUGUUACGAAACCUUUAGGUUAUAAAGAUUUCGUGUGGGCAAUUAAAAUGCAUCGCUUAAACUUUGAAAUAUUAGGUUUAUGGCCUAAAGAUGAAAAAUAUGAAACUAAUAAUUUAUGGUCGAAAUUUCGUAUUAGCAUUAUUUUGUGUCUAAUAAUAUUUGUUACCUUCGUUCCAACGGUACAUGCGGUUAUACAAGUUUGGAGCAAUAUGGUAUUGGUAGUAGACAACUUACGUAUUGCAUUAACUUUUCUAACAAUAUUAUUGAAAUAUGUUACUAUGCUACGGAAACGAACAGUUCUUUUGUCGAUUAUAAAUAUGAUGGCGGAAGAUUGGAUAACAUUCAAAUCGAAUACAGAGAGAGACAUGAUGAAAAAACAAGCACAAACUGCUCGAUUAGUCACGGUCAUUGGAUACUUUUUCAUGAUAAUAGGAGUUCUUGGAGCAAUCAUUCCAGCUAUUUUUGGCAUACCAAUAAUAUCAAUAACAAAUCGCACGGAUCAGCAUAAGGCGUUACUAUUUUUGACAUAUGACUUCUAUGAUUCAGAUAAGAGUCCGCAGUUUGAAUUGACGUUUUGUAUUCAUACUGUAUCGCUCGUAUUAGUGGCUAAUGUAUAUAUGUCUGUAGAUAGUUUUUUAGUGUUAAUAAUUCUUCACGUUUGUGGCCAGUUAGAAAAUUUUAGAUGUCGACUAAUUAAUAUGGUGUCAUGCAAGAACUUUGACAGAAAGUUAAAUAACAUCGUAGCGUCACAUUUACGUGUAAUCAGAUUUGCCGAUAAAAUUGAAAAUACAUACGCUUUAAUGAUGUUAAUUAUGUUACUUCAUUUCAUUAUUGUAUUUUGCCUAAGCGGGUUCUGUUUACUAUUAGAAAUGGAAGCUAUUACGACAAAAAUUUAUUUUUCGAUAAUUAUGCUUACAAUCUUAUUAAUAAAUACUUUUUUGUACUGUGGUGCAGGAGAACUUCUAACGGAACAAUGCAAUGCGGUAUAUCGUGCAAUAUGUAAUCUUGAAUGGUACAAAUUGGAAUCAAGAAAUGCGAAAAAUCUUAUUUUAUUAAUAAUUCGAGCACGCCAUCCUUGUUGCAUUACUGCAGGAAAAAUUAUUCCAUUAACAGUGGCUACUUUUUCCACCGUAUUAAAAACAUCGUGCGGAUAUAUAACGUUUUUACUGGCAAAACGUGCUUAAGAAUUAAUAUGAUAUAUUAAUAUUCAUGUAUCACGGAAACAUAAAUGUAUAUUCAACUAAAUAAUUACAAAUUAAUUACAGUA